AUGAAAUCUGAACAUAUCUAUGGUCUGAUCGUCUUGACACUAUUCAUCAUAUUGGAUAUAGCUUCGCCAUAUACCACAGCCAAACACAACAGUUGUUCAAGAUCUGCUUGUUUUAGCGAUGGAAAGUUUAACUUCUUACCCGGUACCAUUUAUGUGUACAAAAAUUCCAUUAGUACACAGACUACGUUUGAUAAGUCUAAGAACACAGCGUCGAUUGCCGAAUUUAAUUUCAAAGUUCAUAUACACAUUCAAGAAUGCGACGGGUUCAUGUUUAUUACUGAUACUAGUAUUCAUAAAGGAGUCAAAACAAGGAACUCCAACACUGUGGAUGAAGAAAACUAUUUAAGAUCAGAUGAAAAAGAGCUGUAUGAAGAUUUGGAAAAAAAUAUGUUGAGAUUUUCAUUCCAAGAUGGUCAUAUUAGCACGGUUUGUCCUAAAGAAAACGAAUCGGUGUGGGCUUUAAACAUUAAAAAAGCUGUACUAUCUACGUUCCAGAAUCGCAUGGAGAGAUUUGAUAUUCAUCACAUUGUCGCAGAGAGAGACAUAAACGGAUUUUGCCCAACUUCAUACACAUUUUUGAAAUCGAAUGGUACGCAAAUAGUGGUAGAUAAAGUAAAGGAUAUUUCAGAAUGUUCCGAGAGAUAUCACAUGCAUUCUAUUAUUCCAACUUCACCAUAUGUUUUUCAAAGUAAAUACCACAAAUGGUCUCCGAUGAAAUCUCUAUUCGUUUGUUUUUACCACAUUGAUCAUCAUAUUAUUGUAAAGAUCGAUUGUCAAGAAAAACACUCAUUCCAACCAUUCGCUAGUAAUGAAACAAAUAGUGCAAGAACAAAAAUAUUUCAAACGAUGACAUUAAUAAAAGAAGAUAGUGCAUUGUAUUCAUCUCACCCCAAUACUUAUGAAAUUACAUCCAGACAACCUUUGUUAUACAAUCACAAGCUCAUUAGUAAUCCGGAUUCAUCGAAUGUAACGGAAACCAAUGAACUGAUUAAAAAGUUAUGCGCAAUGAGUGAGGGACAAUUUGACCCUGAUUUUCCAAGCGAAUUUUAUAAGGUUAUUCAAGCAGCUAGAAAAUUAACGUAUGAUGCGUUAAAACACCUUUAUUAUCUUUCACAAAAUGAUUUGUGUUCAUCUGCAACCAAACAUCUACAAAGCGCUUUACCAUAUGUUCGUACCACGUCUGCAGUAAUACUUAUGAAAGACAUAUUAUUGAAUGGAACCAUUAGUGAAUCUAUUUCUUCCAACUGGUUAAUGGCAAUGGCAAUGUUUGAUAGGCCCGAUGAUCAAGUAAUUUCUGAAAUUUCUCAUUUGCUUCACAAAGAAAAUGCUUCGUCGGGUAUAUUAUUAAGUGUUACUUCUUUGAUUCAUACAUACUGCAAAUUGAACCCUAACUGUAAAGAAAAUGUUGAGCUAAUACCAGCCAUUGUAUACAUUGAACAGAAAAUCAAAGAGAAUAUUUUGAUAAAAGAAAACCGAGACGAGACGUUAAUAUGGCUGAAAUCGUUGGGUAACACAGGGCAGACUUCGCCAACUACACUUCAUACAUUAAACACAAUCAUUAUGAAUGCAGAUUCAACCGUGGACAUUAGAGUUUCGGGAGUUCAGGCUUACAGACGAUUUCCUUGUAACAUAACGAGACCGAUUAUGUUGGAUAUCUUCGUCAACCAAUCUCUAGACUCGGAAGUCCGUAUUGCUGCGUACCUGCAAGUAAUGAGGUGUCCCGUAUAUAGUGUGGUGAGGCAUAUAGUAACUGUUUUAGAUAAGGAAGAAGUCAACCAAGUUGGCUCUUUUGUUUGGACACAUUUGCAAAACCUGAAAAAGACAUCUGUACCAUUUUAUUUAGAGCUACAAACCAUGUUAGCUGGUGACAUAAAUAAGAAAUUUAACACUGAUAUACGAAAGUUUUCCAGAAAUUAUGAAAAUUCAUUUUUUUUAAACGAAUACGGUGUUGGUGGAUCUUUUGACAGUAAUGUGAUAUUUUCUCCAAAAUCGUAUAUACCUCGAUCGUUUACAUCAAACAUCACAUUAACUCUGUUUGGAGAAUACAUUAACAUACUUGAAAUAGAAGUAUACGCCGAAGGCUUUGAAAAUUAUAUAGAAGCAUUAUUUAAGCCCGGAGGUGUAUUUAGCUCUGAACGAGUAAAAAAAGGAUUGGAUGUCUUACGUUUUGUGCGAAGUUUAAUGCCGGACACCCUCAAGGAUAGGAUUAACGAAUUGCCAAAUGUCGUUAUAGACAAUGUGCCUCCGCCAAAGAUAUCCUUGGCGAUUAAAGUAUUUGGAAACGAAGUAAAAUUUUUACGUCUUAAUGGUGUAGACGAAAUCAACAAAGCGAUCCGUUCGUUUGAUGUAUAUAAUAUUAUGAAAACUUUCAUGAACGGACGAGAAUUCAAAUACGACCAAUCCGCUAUGUUUAUGGACUUAAAAUACGUUGUACCUACUGGAAUUGGCAUGCCUUUGAUAUUAGACGCCGUAGGUACUUCUGUAGUAAACUUAAACAUGUCAAGUUACAUAAACGCAGAUGCUUUCAAAAACUUUGGGGAGUUUAAAUUGUUAACCAAAUUGUAUCCAAGUCUAGCUUUGAAUUUGGAGGGCUCAAUGACUAUGGACCUUCAUUAUGAGACUACUCAGGCCAAAGUUAAGUCAAAGUUGUACACUUCAACUGCAUUUGAAGGAACCACGGAAGUUAAGGGAUAUAAAUUCGUGAAUUUGGUAUUUGAUUUGCCAAAGAUCAGAUCUGAUAUUAUUAGCAUCGAAUCCGAGUUGUUUUUAGAAGAUCAUAAGUUAGACGUCGAUGUCAAUCCGAAUCGAAAUUCUGUGGCACCCUCUACAUUGUCGUAUAGUUUGCCCGUUCUCGAAGAGAUGAUGGGCCUUAAAUUAUACACUAAUUAUCGGUUACCAAAUGUUACUGAAAUAAUCAAAUCGCCAAUGGUCAUAUUUAAUGGGCCAUUAAGAUUGAACAUUUUUCUACUUAAAUCGGAUGUAAAAGUCAAUAAAUACGUAAUUGAAUACAAAUGGCUCACUGGCAGAAAAAAUUCUUCCGUUAGUUUUAUAUACGAAACACCUGGAUCUCAAGUUAAACACUAUAUGAAAGUACUUCUAGAAAUAGACACCCAAACACAAAAUUUCACUUUAAUAGUUCAUGGAAAAACCAUUCAGUUACAAGCCUUAGGUUUAUAUAGAAAUUCUCCGUUGCACAAGUUGAUGACGUUCACAUUAGAUAUUAACGAUGUGAGGCAUCUCGAUCUGUUUACGGAACUGAAAAUCGAAAAUGAAAAAUACGGUCGUUUGUAUUUACCAAAAUUAUACCUUGACAUAAACGCAAGGAGAAUUGCUGAACUCGAAGGUCAAUACAAAUGGGUUGAAAAAAAAGGAAUUUCUCAGUGCGAUAUCAACCUGACAUUUAAAACUACCAAAUUUGAUUCUACAAUCGUUGGUUAUAUAAAAAUAAACGAUGCGUCGACAGCAUUAAAUUUGAUAUUCGAAUACACGUUCGAUAAAGCUGUAACCCUAGACACGGUAAAACUGGAAGUGAAAAUCAGUGAUCGAUCAACCAAAGCUUUAUCAUCAUUACAAGGAACUAUGCAAUUAGAAUCAUCAGCUUAUCCACAUAUCAACCAUCAGACUUCAGCCAUAUACCAGAAAGCACAAGGUCACACAGAAUGUCGUAUUGAUUUUAUUAACUACCCUAGCUUGAAGGACAAUAACAAAAAAUUACAUGUUGAAUUCGGAUUCACUCAAAUCAAAUAUUAUUCUGGUAAUAAAAUAAAUAUAAACUUAUUCGUUACUAAAAUGGCGGACAACAUUUUGUUCAAGUUCAUAACAAACCAUCAGGAUACGCAAACCAUGUCCAAUACUGCAGUUAUUGUACAAUAUGCUCCAGACAAAAAUAUCACGGCCAAACUCGACAUUUUAAUGCCUCCGAGUAUAUUACUGAAUGUAGAUACAAGAUUUAAGCUAACAAUACCAUCUGCAAAAUUUCCGUUGGACGUGCGCAUUCUGAUCAAAGAAAAAGUCAUGAACGAAUACGACAUUGAUUUUGCGGGAACUUGGAUUGGAGGACAAAACGUAACUGCAAGAGGGCUGUACCAAGACCACUCCUCAUAUUACCUAACAAGUCAUACACUUAAACUUUUAAUAAAAUCUCACUUGUUCAAUGACAUAGUGUUUAUGGGGAAAAUCUACGUAUCUGACGAGGAAUACAGAAUAGAAUCGUGGGUGGACCACAAUAACACAAAGCACGCUGUAUUAUUGAGACAUCUGGCUCGUUCCAAUAUGUUGCAGUAUGAAUCAUACGGUGAACUGAAACUAAACACAAGCACGUAUUCGGUGUCCAAUCUGAUCGACCUGAAACAUCACGAGAUAACGCUGGAAAUGCACCUAGACCAGUACAGAGAUAUAUCAAUUUACGGUAAAGGAUUUGUUAAAGAAUGGAAUUCACAUACGAUUUUUGAAAUAAAAUGGGACGCCAAUCGAGAUCCUGAUCAAAAAUUUUCAGUCAUCUUCAAAACAAAUACAAGCGAUAUUGUCGACGGUGAACAAUUUCUAGGUUUACUGGUGAUAGAAUAUCCUGGUCGGACAGUGAACAUCAAUUUAGAAUUGAGAUAUAUGGGACAACACUAUUUUGUAUUGAGCUCAAUUGAAUGGGAUCCCGUAUCAAAAAUUGACUUUUCAUUAAUAUUGAAAAACGACUUCCUAUCAAAAGGAAGUGGAUAUAUCGGCUGUAAGAUGCUCACACCAUUCGAAAAUUGGGUGAAAACAUUAUACGAACAAAGCGUUAUGAUUGGACCGCAAAACUUGCACACAAACGGUAGUGUAAUGUGGCAAGGUACCCAAUACUUGGACUUUGAUGUACAAUCCGGUUAUCAAACGCUAGAUGAAGAAUUCGGAUUUUCGUUUAAUACAGCUGUUAACAGUUCGUUGCAAGAUCUUAAUGCUAUUCGCAUAUAUAUCAAUCACAACUACGGUACCAACAGUUUCAACACCACUGUCUUACUGCAGAUAAAUCCAAAAUACGUAAUAUCGUUGGGAUUGACUGGAAAAAUUAAUAGUACGAAGACUGAAACCAUUUAUAGCGGUUCGGUAACUACGCUAACCCCGUUUUUUUAUUACAAGACAUUUAGCUUUGAGUCAGAAGUCGGUAUACAAGAAAAAAAACUAAAUGGUGUUGUCGGGUUACAAAUAGAUUCUAGUAAUUUCAAAGUCGAGUUCCACGGUGUAUACAUGCCACUAGACAAUAGCAAAAUAUUGUUGAAAAUCUCAACUCCUUAUGAAAGUUACAAGACUCUAUACGGAAAAAUUGGAUAUAAAGCAAGAGAAAAACACAUUUUUUUCGAUAUAUAUGGUGAUAACUUCAAACUAGGAAUGGAAUUGCGUUACUUAUAUAAAAAUCUAUCCAACUAUAAUCUAAAGUUACGUGUCAACACACCCGUAGAUCCGUUAAGACAGUUGAUAAUUGCUGGUAAACUAAAUAGUGAAUUAGCCGACUUUCGACUUGGAUGGAAUCACUUUGUUUUGGGCUUUGCUGGUAUUUCUCAUUAUGUCAGCUGGUCCGAUUUCGAGUAUGCUUUACAGAUAUAUACGCCUGUGGAAAAGUUUACAUAUAGCAGCGCUACCGUGAAAAUUUACAUUAUCGACGAUAUCGAUUGUGAGAUUCGAGCAGUUUUGCCAGAUUUGUCGAUGAUAGGUGUAAAAUUCGUGUAUGCAACUAUACCUAGACCGGAAGAAAUAGAUGAAUACUACUACGACGAGGAUGCUGAGUUAUCAAUGGUGCUCUAUAAUGGGCUUUUUGAAAUCGACACAGCAUAUUAUCCAUCUGUGAUUGCGAAUUUUAAUGUCACACAAAAAGAUAUUAUGUAUACAACACAAGUUGGCCUGUCAGCAAUAAUCGUAAAGGUUACAUUGAUAGAUGAAUUAUUUUUAAAGAAUUUUUUGGAUAUCAAAAAUGAGCUGAACGUGACAACAUCGUAUGACCGUUUUUCGAAGAUAUUUUCUGAGUUUGCAGUGUUUGCCGAAAAUGAAAAUCACAUUGUAUCCAAUUUAAUCGCGUCUGUGGUCAAUUUUAAUAAAACAUUGACGACAACUCUCGACGCUGAUUUCUUAACCACGGCUUUAUCAGAUCCUGGUUCAGAAGAUCAAGACGAUCCGGAUUUAGCGAACAAUAUUCCAUUUGGUAUUUAUGAGAUCAAGUUCUAUUUAACUUCACCGUUCAAACUCCUCGAGUUCUGUAACUCGAGCAUGACUGUAAAAAUAUUGAGACAUUUUUACGAAACAAACAUCACGGUGAAGACCAACUAUACCAACAUGUUUGUCAUAGGCAAUAUGGAGGUCUAUGACGGUUACUUCGAUACGAUAGUGGAUGUAGACGUGACAUCAAAACUAUUCAAAUUGCCCGUGUUUCGCGUUCAAGUUAAAAAAGAUUAUACAGAGAUUGAGAAAAACGUGCAGUUUGUAAUCAGCAGACCAACGGUGUCGCAAGUCAACGAGGUAGUGUUGGAUAUUAAAAGCAGUUGGCAGAUAGACGGAUAUAAUUUCAUAAAGCUUAGUGGCGAAAUUGUAACACCGUUUGUGGUGCUCAACCACGUGCAAGGUAGUUUACAGUAUUUCCACCAGAGAGACACUAAAUCGUAUUUCCUGGAAUCAUACCUCAACUAUUCUCGGAAAGCUGAAAUGAAGGCCAGGGCUCAUUUAAAAGAACAGUCAAUCACUCUUAAUAUGGAAUCAUCGCUGGAGGGAUUGAGGAACGUACACUUUUUGGGCACAUUGGUUGCAAAGGAUGGUCGAAAAGGAAUUGAUGCGAUUAUGAUCGGUGACCAGUCUUAUAGGAUCAGUGGCUGGGCGUCUGCAAACAGUUCGUUUCCAUUAGCACUGGAAGCUUAUUUAACCAAAGAAGGGAUUUCGGUCGGAAGUAUUGUGAUGCAAGUGAAGCAUGAUGCCCAUGGUUACAUGAUUUUAGCAAUGUUGCAAUCAAUGAAAAAAAUAAUCAGACUAAGUACACUGAUUGUAUCCUCUGAAGAAGGAAAAAUGACUACUGUAGAGAUAUCUUCAAUGCAAGAUAACUCUCAAGCUGUGUUCGUGAAGAGUUCAUUAGUGUUCAGGCGGCCAGGAAUAUAUGUUGUCAAUGUUCAAGGGGAAUCGAUAAUCGAUGGAGUAUCCACUUUGUUAUUAGGAAACGUAAAAUUGUGGUUUAUUGGUGAUAAAGGCGUAAUCAGAAGCUCUGUGGAAUCUCGAUAUUUACAAGGACACAUAAAUAUUGACUGGGUAUUGUCGCCGCCACAACACAUCUGGGGAGCGGUAGACAUUGAAUACGCGUUGAACAAAAUGUCGCAACAAAAGCUAUUUUCCAAAAUGUACUUCAUUGCUCCCGAGAACAGUAUUAGCCAAAUAACUGUAGGAGCACGUGUCACUGCCAAUAACAAAUGGACGUUCGAAGCUAAUUCAACAGCGAUGAUACCGUCGCUUCGAAACAUAUCAUUUUCGACGCAUUUGAUAUUGCCACAAAAUAUUACCAAUAAAUACGCAAUUGUCGGCAACUUGAAGAUUCACGAUCAAUUCGAAUUUAUUUCACAUCUGUUCCAUUAUCGGUCGCCAGAUUUAAAUUACGAAUUUGCCACGUUUAGCGAGGUUCUUUGGAACGAGAAAAUAAAUGGUUUGGUGAUGUGGGCGUAUAGAACAGAAAAUCGUGUGUUUUUGGUUGACACGUUCAGUGGUAAGACAAUGGAAAAGUUUUACGACAUACAUAAUGUGUUUGACGCGAGUUUCCUUAAGCACAGACAUAUUUCUAAUUUAGUGUACAAAAAGCCAAAUAAACCGCAUAAUAUCAGUUUGGAAGUAUUUUACCCACCGGAAGUCAAGAUCACUUCAGCAAUGGUGAAUUUUGAGUCGUUCGAUAAUUUUAUAUCGUUCAUUAACACGACUACACCGUUCGUCACUAUUCCAUACUUUGCGUUGCGCAUUAUUGCAGAAACAACACUGUUGAACUUUCAUCGACAUAUUGAGGUGUUUUGGCCACACACCAGUGCUCUGUUGAACGCUACCAAUUCCAAGACAUUGAAAGAAAUCAGCACGAUGAACGUUGGAGAAAUACUUUUGCAGUUCCCUAUCGACAAGAAGUACCACGUCGGUAGGUUCGUGUUCAAAUACGAAGACUUGACAAAAGAAAUAAUUGGAGAUUCGAGAGUCGUGUACGAUGAUAUUAAAAUCGUCGAAGGAAACUUCACCAGGAAAUUUACUGUAUACAAUAACGACUUUAUUGAUGAUUCCAUUGAUGUGACGGUUCAAAAUAAAGUGCUACCUCUGGGCGUAAAAUACCUUCAUAGGGUGAAUAAAGAUGGACAUGUGGCUACGGUGGACGUUCCCAAAACUGACUUUAAACGUAUAGAAAUGUUUAAACUUCACAAUGAAACUGAAUUCAACGUGACUCUUGAAAUGCUGCAGGACAAAUACGAAGUAGCCAGGGCAAAUACAUUGAAAGUAAUAAAUUUCAAUAGGAGUAUCGUGGUAAAUUCGUAUUAUGUUGAUGAUAAUGAUGACUCUUAUACAAGAAAUAUAAAAAUAGUUUUGAAUCCCGAAGCCUGGAUGAACUCAGCACUGAAGGUUGCUUAUCAUAAUUCGACACCUAGUGAAUAUGGGAAAAUCAUUGAUAUAAACGUAGCUUAUCCCAGGAGGAAUUUUUCGAUUAUUAGCGACGUAGAGACAGACACUAAAUAUUUAAUGUCUCAGAUGACACUAAUACAACACAGAACUUUGCCGGACGAUAAAUACGUACUCGGAUAUCGAAUUGAUUGGAGAAAACUUGAGUCUAAAGUUAAUAGACAUCGUAUAAACGUAUUGUUGUAUCACCCUUCAUUCCAAAAAAAUGUUACAAUUAGAGGAAACUAUUCACGUGGUAAUUCAAUACUCUUCGAUUUAAAUGCUGAAUACGAUUAUGCGUUAGAUUCAAGACGGAAAUUUACUAUUGGUUGUUUGAUUGAAAACAAUUCGGCUAAGUCUAAACGAAACUACUUUUUAUCCCUUAAAGGAAGACAUUUAAUUACCAAAUUUAAAUUAGACGCGGCUGGCACUUUUAAAUCACAAGAAUUCUAUCAUUACUUCCAUAAUAAUAUUACUUAUAAACGAGCAUACUUACCAGAUCAGUAUUGGGACGGUAAAGGUUUAUUGGAUUUUUUUAACAAAACUAUACAGAUCGAGAAAUAUUCAAUUCUCGAUACUACUAUUAUCCACGGGAACUACAGUAAUUUUCAAGGAACACAUUAUGUGAACGGACUGAUACGAAGAGGAGAUGAUCAAAACAUAGUUGGAAAAUUUUACGUCAAUAUUCCACAGAAAGACACACAUUUAGUAAUUAAUUUUACCCCAGAUGCCACAAAACAACUGUUUAUGUCUGGAAAUAUGUUAGAGAACAAAAUUGCUAAAUUUAACAUAUGGAGAACUGAAGAUAAUGUAAUUAUUCCUGACGUUGGAUUUUCUUUAAGCCUUAACCAUUCUAGAUUACUGUCUUCUUCUUUGGAAUGGAGAAUCGAUUUAAAAGAUAAUAUUGUGAGUGUGUUACGUACAUCAGUGAAUCGUACUUGGUGUUAUAUCCAAGAUACAACAGAGUUUUGGACACAUUACAUAAAAUCUCAGACGGUGGAAACUGCAAAUGGUAUUUGGGCUGACACAAAACCGGAAAUACAAGAAUUUCUGAACGAUAUAAGCAACUUCCACGUACUAGAAGAAGAUUUGGCAUACUUCAAAAAGGUGUUCAAUAAUUCUUACAACGCAAAUGAGUUUUAUUUGAAAGAUAUUCAUGGGCUGUAUAUUGCAAUGAUGGAGGACAUGUCAUUUAUGAACACAAUGGGAUCGUUACCACAGAUUGUCAAUGAAAUAUGGACAGCACUAGGUGAUACGGGUCAAACAAUUAGAAAAUCUAUAGUUUGGUUUAUCGACAAUAUAAAAAUGGCUUACGAAGAAUUUGGUAAACUAUUGAAACGAUUGAUGGAAGGUGAAGCCUUCAUUUAUAUCUCAGACUUUAUUAAUAGUUCCAUGGUUAAAUACGACAAAUUGAUACGUGACGUUCAUAUAUCGUUCAUAAGAUACGUUGAGAGUAUGUUGGAAGAAUCUUCAAAUACGGUGGCGGCGUAUUGGAGUAAUGUAUUAAAAACUAUCGAGCCGACUGUGGUGCAGAUUUUCCAUCAUAUCGAAGCUGUUUUCGUGUCAGCUACAAAACACGUCAUUCAAUUUUUGUACGCUAGACAACAAGAGCUUAUGCAAUCGCCGUAUUACGCGCACACACAAAACAUGACACAAGACUUGGAUAAAUUUUAUAAAGAUCUUAUGCAAAAUGAUUUGUUUACAAAUCUAAAAAAAUACUGCAUAAUAUUGUUCGACGUCAUCAAGACUAAAUAUUAUCCUCUCAUACCGUUCGCGACUGAAAUGAACGCCCUCAGACUGGAGAUAAUCGACGGCGUGAAUCAAUUGCUCAAGUUGCCGUUGAUCUCUUACGUGAUCGACAACACCAAAACAAUGAUCAACCAAUUUGUGUGGUUUUGCGAAUACAUCGACUUAAGCAAAAAAAUUCAAAACAUUAUUCCCAAAUUAGUGAAUCGGUUAUACGAUCUAACGUACACAGCAGUCGACAAUGAAAUGAAAUACCACAAAGCAAAAACAAAAUUUUUAUGUAAUCCGGAAAAGGGAUUUUUAGAAUUGGAACAGAAGUUACCGUUUUCGUGGCACGCUUUCAAUGAAACGCCUAAAUACGAAGAAAUUCCAGAAUAUAGGAUGGCCACUAAACUGUUGAGUAUGUUUGCACCAUCUAAUGUAACGUUUUGGUUUUUAUACUACAAUUUGAUGCCGUUUAUGGAUUACACAAACUGGUUGCCACCGUUCCGAGCUCAUGCAAUGAUAGUAGGAUCACAGCACUUUGUGACAUUUGACCAGAGGCAUUACGACUUUAAAGGGCAAUGUUCGUAUCUGUUGGCCAAUGAUUUUGUCGGUCAUGAGUUUUCCCUGGUGCUAAACUACGAAUCGGAAAUUAAAGGCCACUAUACGAUGUUGCUGUUACUGGGGUCCGAGACGAUUUCGAUAGAUCUUCAUCGCAAGGACGUGAGAGUUUUUCCCGACAGUAUUAAACAACUACCUUUGCAACUGAACGAUACGGUUAUCUACUACGAAAACGAAAUACUCAUUGUAGAAAGCGAAAGGGGAUUAUCUCUAAUAUGCAAUAUGAAUUUCCAAUACUGCACGUUUCAUGUAUCAGGUUGGUAUUUCGGGAAGACGGCGGGACUGCUGGGAACAAUGGACAACGAGCCUGUCGAUGACAUGUUGUCAUCUAAUGGGUACUCGGAACCAGACUUGUUUAAGUUUACCGAGAGCUGGUCGCUGAACGAGAACAGCUGCAGCGCGUAUACAUCGAUCCAGAGGAAGUCGUUGCCUAGUGCUCAGAUCGUGGAGAUCUGUGACAGUUAUUUCAAACACAAAACUUCGCCGCUGUUUACCUGUUUCUCCGUGAUAAAUCCCAGCCCUUAUUACGACCUAUGUUUGAAACAAGCCAACAAAAACGAGACAUGUACAUCAGCGACCGCCUACAGCGAAAUGUGCUCCAUAGAAAAUCUACCGGUUCGCACACCGACAAACUGUGUCAGGUGUCACGCACUAAACAACACGGAAAUUAUCGAGGGCGAUUUCAUGAGUAUCAAUGGUAGCCACGUACCGUCGUCGGCCGAUAUCGUAUUCAUUGUCGAGGCCAAGAAGUGCAACGAAAACUUUACGGAGAAAAAGAAUGUGCACACCUUGCUCACGAUGAUGGUCAAAGAGUUACACGACGUUGGAAUGACGAACAACAAAUUUUCAGCUGUUUUUUUUGGCGGUGAUGGUUUAUUUGAUGAACCUCAUAGCGUUGUCGUCAACGGUCAAGUGUUCGCAAGUCCUACACUAUUCUUACAGUUCUUUAACAAUAUACAAAUCGGUAACGGAAAUUCCGACGUAUUCAACGCCAUUCGGUUUGCAUCAAAGUUGCGUUUCAGGACGGCACAUUCAAUAAUAUUUUUACUGUUUCCGUGCAGUGAUUGUGAUCCGUCAAACAUGAUGUUGGACUAUUCUGUUAUCAACCACUUAAUUACGGAGAAAAGUAUAAAGUUACACGUUUUAAUGGACAAGCCAUUCGUUCUUGAUAAGUCACGAGCGGGGAGCUCGUUAUUCGGUGUCGACGCCGAGACGGCAUAUACGAGAAACGAUUUCAAGGCACUUAAAGGAGACGCGGGUCUCAGAAAGCAGGUGAAGUUAACGAAGAACAUGUUGGGAUACUGUACGCCGAUCGUUUUGGAGUCGAACGGUUCGUUGUUCACAUCGAAAAAAAUGGAAACCGACAACUUAAAUUUGGUGAAAAAAUUUUUGCAAGUUUUUGCUAAAAGGAUCGCCAAGACAGCACCGGCUCCGAAAUGCCAGACGUGUGAAUGCAACUCGGACAAUAAUGGAAUUAGCCACAUGGAUUGUUAUCCUUGUUCGUACCCUACGGCAGCUAACAUUGAAUACGGUUUCAACGACGAUUUCAUUCCGCCAAAUGUUUUAUCAUACGAAUCUGGCGACGGAUUCUACAACGACAAUCACAACAUUAAUUAACCGCCAACACGCCGUAUGCAACUAUUUAUAUUAUUAUUACUAUAAUUAUGUAUAUAUCACGUGAAAUGCGUUACUCUCUAAAUAUUUCCAAUAUUAUAUUUUCAUCAUAUUAUUAC